AUGGAAAAGUCUGCACAUGUCGAAGAGCAGCAGGUUGAUGAGCCGCCCGAUGGGGGUCUAGUAGCCUGGACCCAAGUGCUCGCGUCGCAUCUCACGAUGUUCAAUUCGUGGGGAUAUAUGACAUCUUUUGGCAUUUUCCAGCCUUACUACGUAAAAACACUCAACCAGGACCCGUCCAAUAUAUCAUGGAUUGGCUCGCUUGAGUACUCUUGUAUAUUUUUUAUGGGAUUUCUUGCUGGUCGAGCGGCUGACGCUGGAUAUGUUCGCACGUUAUUGUUUUGUGGCUUCGCUUUACAGAUUUUGGGUGUAUUUACAACAUCUGCUUGCAACACGUAUUGGCAGUUUUUAUUGGCACAAGGUGUAUGUCAAGGCUUGGGCUGUGGCUUGACCUUCACCCCUAUGGUUUCACUAGUAUCUUCUUACUUUAAGAAAAAACGUGUUUUGGCCAUUUGUAUUCAAGCCAGUGGAACAUCCUCUGGUGGACUAGUGUUCCCAGCUAUUGCUAAAACGUUACUACCCUCAGUUGGAUUUCCCUGGGCAGUACGAGCGAUGGGUUUUGUUAUUGUCUUCAAUUCUGCUAUCAUUCUUUUGCUAGUGAAACCGAGAUUGCCUCCGCGCAAGAAUGGUCGCUUAGUUGAGCUAUCAGCGUUUAAAGAGCCAACAUAUCUUCUUUACACUAUCGGCAUAUUCCUUGCGUUAUGGGGCAACUUUGUCGCAUAUUUUUAUUUGCGCGCAUAUGCGAAAGAUAUUGUUCAUGUUUCUGAAGACGUCUCGUUCAACAUGCUUCUAGUCAUGAACGGCAUUGGAAUCCCAGGUCGAAUUAUCCCAUCACUGAUAGCUGAUCGGCUUUUGGGACCAGUGAAUACUAUUUCGAUCAUUAUUUUAUUGGCGGGCGUAAUGAUGUCAUGCUGGAUUACAAUAAAACAUACGACUUCUAUGUGGAUUUUUUCGGUCUUCUACGGAUUAUUUUCGUCUGCCAUUCAAGGUUUGUUUCCAGCGGCUCUGGCCUCCCUCACGUCGGAUCCUACAAAGCAAGGCCUCAGAAUAGGCAUGGCAUGCUCUGUCUUCUCUUUUGCAUGUUUGAGCGGAAGCCCUAUUGCGGGUCAUCUCAUUGAAAUACACAAUGGACAAUAUUUACAUGCUCAAAUAUUUGGGCUUGUGAAUAUGUUUUGUGGUUGUGCAUUUGUCGUUGCAUGUCGCACUGCUCGGUGCGGGUUGAAAAUCCAAAAAAUGUAA